CCGGCCCCCGCCACCAUGGAGCGCGAUCGGGGCCCGCGGGGCUCGUCGGCGGGGGACCUGGGCUUCGGGGCGCUCAGCACCGCGCAGCUCCGCGCCCUGAUGCGGGACGAGACGUGGCUGGAGCGCAUCGUCAAGCUGAGCAGGAAGUUCCAGAACCUGCAGCUGGAGCGGGAGAUGCGCCUGGCUUCCAACUACACCCUGGCCAAGCAGAACCUGGCCUUGCAGCCGCGGCUGGAGAACGGCAAAGCCUCGCUGGCCAUCAAGUACCAGGAGCUGCGGGAACUGCGCGAGACUUGCCGGGACAAGCAGCAGCGCCUGGGGGCCUGCAUGGCCAAGUGGACCCCCGAGAACGCCCUCAGCAGGCUGCAGGCAGAGCUGGACAGCGUGGAGUCUAAAGUGGAGGAGCAGAUGCAACACUUCCUCUGCUGGGACCUCCCCAUCGAGACCUUUGUGGACACCUUCCAGCACACUCGGAUGAUGUCCCACCUCCGCCGCACCCAGCUGGAGAAACUCCAGGAGAUCCUGCAGCUGGAGAAAGCCAAGACCCCAGAGAAGCCCAGCCCCGGGGGCGAGGAGCAGCCGCUGCCGCCGGCCACCUCCCCGGCGCUCCCGCUCCGCUUGGCCCCGGCCUUCCUGAUCCCCUCCGAGGCGGUGCUCCCCAUCCCCGUGGCCGCUGCGCCCCCUCAAAAGUGCUGCCUGCCGGCCCUGGCCGCCUCGCACCCCACGGCCCCCUUCGUCAGCUCCCCGCUGAGCCUGAUCGGACACAUCCACCUCCCCCAGGCUCACCUGCCUCACCAGCAGAAGAAGAAGGAGCCGCCGCACCGGUAG